UGAGCAAGGGAGCUUAGGCAAAGGUAAGUUAAAUACCCAAGUAUCUAUAAAUUUAAAUAUAUAAAUUAAUAAGCACCAAUCUAUGGCUCAACUAGGGUCGUCUCUGUCAGCAGAAACCGAGACACUGAGCAAUGUCCUAAGCCUGGUGGAGGCCUUCAGAGCAUUUGAUUCAGACAACGAUGGCGCAAUCAAUGCUGCAGAGCUAGGGGGAAUCCUGAGUUCGCUGGGGUACAACGCUAGCGAGCAAGACGUGAGGGCCAUGAUGCGAGAAGGGGACACCAACAAGGACGGAUUGCUGAGCAUGGAAGAGUUCCUAGAGAUGAACACCAAGGACAUGGAGCUUGGGGAGCUUGCCAAUUUCCUCAGGACCGCUUUCCAAGCUUUUGAAGUCGAAGGGGAUGAUGCUUUGACAGCUGCCGACUUGUAUGAGGUUAUGGGGAACCUUGGCAUCGAUCAGCUUUCCUUGGAGGAUUGCCAGAGUGUUAUUGCCUCCAUGGAUGCUGAUGGUGAUGGAGCUGUUAGCUUGGAGGACUUCAGACUCAUAAUUAAUUCCUUAUUUUAGAUUAUUAAACUUAUGUUUUCUAUAUAUAUAAGUCUUGGGUGCUGUGGUAUUUCCAUGCAUGGGAAUAAAGAUCAGUCAAGAAACAUUAAUAUUACUAGCAGAAGUACUGCAUGUUAGUGUUUCUCUUCUCUUACUAUGAAUACAAAGCGAAUACAAAGUGGUCUCUCAUUCUCUAAUCAA